CGCCCUCGUCAUUUCACAUGUGGGGUUCAGGACAGCCCUCGGUCUUGCCUCGAUAUUUGGAUCGAGGUGGAGAGAACGGGUAGCACCCGUGUAUCGGCAGGCAUAUAAGGAGCCCAGCGGUCUGCAUCGAUCUGGAACCUGACCCUUCCGUCGUCAAUAGCUGGCAUUCCCUGGUGGAAAGCACAAUUUCAGCAUGCGUUUCUCGUCGGCACUUCUUUCCGCCCUCUUGCUUUCCGGCACCUCGCUGGCAACUCCAGCUCCGGCCUCCUCGUCAGCUGGUAUCUCGACUCAGGCAAGACCCACGCCAGAGGAACAUGUGGCUGCACAGACAGCCACCGCAGCGGGGGCAGCAGCAACAGCAGCAACGGGAGCAUCCGGGCUGACGGCCAGUACCCAGCAAAACGUGAACGCCGCCACCCAGCAGUCGUAUGGAAACGCCGCCAACCAGCCACCAUCGGCCGGGGGAGCUGAUCAGCAGACUACCCCCAGUAUCGGUCAGCAAACUGCCACGGCUGCAGAAGCACCGAGCCAGAAUACCGCUACCCAGUCGCAUGGAGAUCUUCUAGGAGGAUUGGUCGGCGGCCUUCUGGGUGGUGGCUCCAGCCAGGACGCUGGAGCAAGCAGCAGCGCUGGCCCAACCAUUUCACAACCAGGUUUUAAUCGCGAAGCCACCUCUACGCAGGAUGCUGGGUCUUCUGCCACGAGUUCUUCUGGAAAUUUGCUGACGGAUAUUGGCGAUGGCCUGGGCGGUCUCCUUGGUCUUGCAUCCCCGACAUUCUUGAAAAAUGUCGAGUCUUUCUUCAACCACUUUGCAUACCUCUUCGAUGACAAGACCACUGACCAGACGAAGUCCCUGCUCGACACUGCUUACAACCUGCUCAACCACCAGCUGAUCACCGAGUUGAACGGUCUUCUGAACAAUGCAAACAGCCUGUUGACCCCGACCUUCGUGAACGAGACCCAGCAAUUGAUCGGCGCGGUUGGUCCGCUGGUCACGCCACAGUUGUUCAAGAAGGUCUCUACAUUGCUUGACAAUGGUAAUAACCUGUUGACGGCCGAGUUCGUCAAGGAAACCAAGAGUCUUAUUCAAACAAUCUCUCCUAUCUUGACACCAGACAUGCUUGGACUCGUCGCGACACUCUUGAACAAUGCCAAUGACCUCCUGACUACAGACUUCGUUAAGGAGACGAAGUCGCUCAUCAAGGCAGUUGGCCCUAUCUUGACACCAGAGCUGGUCAAGGAGCUCAACACGUUGUUGACUAAUGCUAAUAGCCUGUUGACCGCCAACUUCGUCAAGGAGACAACAUCCUUGAUUGAGACUGUUGGGCCCGCUCUGACACCCCAGCUGUUCAAGGAGGUCAACUCGGUCCUUAGCAACGCCAACGGUCUCUUGACGCCGGGCUUUGUCAAUGAGACUCAAUCACUGAUCGGAACUGUCGGUCCCGCACUCACUCCCGAGCUAUUCAAGGAGGUCAACUCAGUCUUGGGCAACGCCAAUAGCUUGUUGACUGCCAACUUCGUGAAGGAGACCCAGAGCUUGAUCGGUGCAGUUGCCCCCGUUCUAACACCUGGCGUUCUUGCAGAGGUCGCUGGCUUAUUGAGCAAUGCCAACGCCCUCCUGACACCGACCUUUGUGAAUGAGACUCAAGGCUUGAUUGGCUCCGUGGCCCCGAUUUUGACGCCUACUCUUCUCGGGGAAGUUGGCGGCCUCUUGAACAAUGCCAACUCUUUGUUGACGACAGGAUUCGUUAACGAAACCCAGUCAUUAGUCGGAAAUGCGAAUAACCUCCUGACAUCUGACUUCGUCAAGGAGACCCACGACUUGAUCGGUGAUCUUUCGCCGGUCAUCACGCCUCAUCUGCUCUCGGAAGUCGCAGGUCUGCUGGACAACGCAAACGCCCUCUUGACACCGAAGUUUGUCAAUGAGACGCAAGGACUAAUUGACGGCAUUUCACCGGUCCUCACGCCCGAGAUGCUGGGCGAAGUUGGUGAGCUUCUCGGCAAUGCCAACAAGCUCUUGACCACCAAAUUCGUUGAGGAAACCCAGAGCUUGAUUGAUAAUGUGUCCCCUGCCAUUACUCCUGCUCUGCUCAACAACGUGAAGGACCUCCUUGGCAAUGCUGCGAACCUGCUGACGCCUAAAUUCGUGAAUGAAACGAGUAAUCUCAUCGACGAAGUCGCACCCCUUCUCAGUGAAGUCGCGCCCAUUCUCACUCCCGAAAUGCUUGGAGAAGUUGGCGGCCUUCUCGGAAAUGCCAACAACUUGUUGACCUCGAAGUUUGUUAAUGAAACACAAGUGCUUAUUGAGGAUGCUUCGGAGUUGCUUCCUGCGUUGGUCAAGGUCCUCGGAUCAUUGUGAAGUUGAGUCGCAAAAUAAUAAGGACAUACGAGUCUACUUAAUCUUAUAAGUAAUAUGUGCUUCAUGUUGGUUUCGCGAUGUGUGCCACCCAUACAAUGUCAGGUACAGAUGACGUCUUAAUUAUAGCUGGUCCAUAGUCCAAAAUAUCAGAACGCCGUGCCGAGUCGUAUAGGCUGGCUUGGUC